UUCUUCAUCCUCGUGACCCUCGUCUUCGUCACGCAGCUGUGCUCACAGACAGCACUGACCCCGCAGAUCCAGCCGGAGCUCUUCCUGUCCGAGCUGCGGAGGAACUACCAUGGAGACGAGGGCGCUGAGGUCUUCUCCACUGCCUGGAACACCCUAAUGGUCACGUUCUCAUGUUGCGGCGUUUUAGGACCCGAAGAUUUUGGGAACGGCUCCCGCUUCCAGGAGCUGCACCCGGGGACGCCCUGGCCGCAGGCGUGCUGCGCCCGGGAUGGGCUCCUGCAGGCGGGCGAGCUGCUGGGCUGGGAGCAGUGCCGCCAGAGGAGCCCCGGCUACAUCCACGAGCAGGGCUGCUUCUCCACCUUCAGCGGGACCUUGCGGAAGUACCUCUCCCUCCCUGGGACGUGCAGCUUGGCCGUGCUGGGCAUCGAGAUCUUUGCCAUGUUCUUUGCCUUUUGCCUUUAUUACAACUUUGACUGA